AUGAAUGGGGUCGACCACCGCCAGGUGCAGGAGGAACGUCGCUUGGUUUCUUCCGACCUCUCAGACUGCGAAGAACUGUGGAUCAACGAACUCAGUGAUUAUGUCAUAGAAACCCACAAACGUAGACGUCAAGUAGAGGAGUGGUUUGAUACCAACGUGCUGCAACGAAAUAACGCCACUGCCGUCUCCCUCUCUCGUCACUAUGUCUCCCGAAUAGCGCGGAUACCAUUGCCUCCACCGUCACCUCCUCCUAUGCCCUCCCGUUCUCUAGACGACGAUCUGCUCUCGACAGUACAGGCUUCUCCUCCCCUAGAACCCCUAGACACCUAUGACUAUGAAGGGGACUCCAAGUCGCGACGAGCCGGUCAUGGUAGAUCCCUUACCAGUGGUGCUGAAGCUGCUGCUCAACUUGAAGAGACACUCCUCGGUGCAGGAUCUUAUAAACAUGGCGGAUCGUUGAAACGCUUGGCCGAUGGUAUCGUAUCUGAUGGCAGCAGCGAGAUUGAGGUACCUUCUAUCUCUAUCAGAAAGAAGCCAGCCACGAAGAAGAGAAAACUAGACAAGGAUGCUGUUGACAUCACGGAUGAGCUCGAGCGAUCCGUUAGCGGCAGCAAUCUGGCCCUUUCCUCGAAGAGUGCCCUAUCCAAGAUCAAGGGCAAAGCUAAGCAGACAAUCGCACGCGAGGGUAGUCCCGACAGCAUCUCAACGACUACAACACCCAAGGGUAAGAAGAAGAUAGCUAGUAAGAAGAAGAACGAGAUGCUUUUGCUCGAUGCUGUCGAUUCUGCAGCCUCAGCCGCCGACUCUGCCGCAGGAGAUGUUACUCCUUCCGCUUCCCGUCCAACUUCGCCCGCACUUACCGUCUCUUCGACUGUGGUGUAUGAAUUAGAUGAGGUAGCUCCGCCCCUCAAGCGUGCGAAGAGAGUAGACGACACCAUAAAGACCAAGCGUCUAAAAUCGCUUGAAGAAGCGCAAAGGAAGGUCUGGACAAACAUUGCCAAGCGAGAGGUUGCAAAGGUAUACAAAUAUGCAGCUCUUGGAUACCAGGCUCGGCAAAGUCAAAUGAAGCGUGUUGCUAUGCUUUCGUCAAUGCAGGCUCGUAAACCGUUCACCCGUACACCGAAAGGUGCCAAGGACAUUCAGGCGAAAGGGAAGCGCAUGAUGCGAGAGAUGCUGGUCUCGUGGAAACGAAACGAAAAAGAAGAGCGAGAUGUUCGAAAGCGUGAACAGAAGGAGGCAGUCGACCGAGCCAAGAUGGAAGAAGAGAAACGCGAAGCGACGCGCCAGGCUCGCAAACUUGAGUUCCUAAUCAGCCAGACGGAGCUUUACAGCCAUUUCGUUGGCAAUAAGCUAAAGACUGCGGAAAUGCAGGGUGAUGCUGAGGAUGGCCCUACUCCAGCCGGAGCGAGUGUUACUGACAUAGACCCGAGCGCAUUGCUAGAUAUUGAUUUUGACGACGGCAAUCCAGAUGACCAAACCAACCUUCACCGACAUGCCCGGCAUAAUGCACAGGAGGCUAUUGCGCUCGCCAAGUCACGCGCUCAGGCCUUUGAUACUCAGGCAUCACUUGAUCGGAAAACGAACGAGGCCCUCAAACUAGCCCGGGCUCAAGCACAUAUACGGGAUGAAGAGGACGAUAGCCAAGGUGGUUCCAAUCAAGCUCCUUUGGUUGACCUUGAUUCAGAUGAACUGAACUUCCAGAAUCCUACAUCAUUGAGUGGUCCUUUGACCAUCUCCCAACCUACCAUGUUGAUGGCACAGCUAAAAGAAUAUCAGCUGAAGGGUUUAAAUUGGCUAGCCACUUUAUACGAGCAAGGCAUAAAUGGUAUAUUGGCAGACGAGAUGGGUCUUGGAAAGACGGUCCAGUCAAUUUCCUUGAUCGCGUAUCUUGCGGAAGUGCACGAUAUAUGGGGUCCGUUCCUAGUGGUUGCACCAGCCUCAACCUUGCAUAAUUGGCAGCAAGAGAUUACUCGCUUUGUCCCUGGGCUAAAGGCGUUGCCCUACUGGGGUAGUGUCAAGGACCGCGCAACUUUGCGCAAGUUCUGGAGCAAAAAGGAGAUCAGCUACGAUAAAGACGCCCCUUUUCACAUCCUCAUUACCAGCUAUCAGCUAGUAAUUCAAGAUCAACAAUACUUUCAACGGCUAAAAUGGCAGUACAUGAUUCUGGAUGAAGCUCAAAACAUCAAGAAUGCGUCAAGUGUUCGCUGGAAAACAUUGCUUGGUUUUCAUUGCCGUAAUAGAUUGCUUCUAACUGGCACGCCAAUUCAAAACUCCAUGCAAGGCAAGUCUCUCUUAUCCCAACUGUGGGCUUUGCUUCAUUUCAUUAUGCCUACCUUGUUCGACUCUCACGAUGAGUUCAACGAGUGGUUCUCCAAGGACAUCGAGAAUGCAGCAGAAAACAAAGGGAGCAAACUUAACGAGCACCAAUUACGGCGACUGCACAUGAUUCUGAAACCGUUCAUGCUCCGUCGAGUGAAACGACAUGUGCAGAACGAACUGAGCGAGAAGAUUGAGAUCGACGUAUUUGUUGACCUUAGCUCGCGUCAGCGUGCUUUGUACAGAGCUUUGCUUGCCAAUGUUUCCGUUGCUGAUUUGUUGGAGAAAGCUGCGAACAUUGGUGAUGCAGACUCUGCCAGAUCUUUGAUGAAUCUCGUCAUGCAGUUUCGCAAGGUUUGUAACCAUCCCGAGCUCUUUGAGCGUGCCGAUGUCAUUGCGCCUUUCUCGUUCGCGGAAUAUGGUCGUUCUGGGCCUCUGAACCGUGAGGGUGACUUUGUGACUUUGCCUUACUCGACACGAAAUCCGAUCAAGUACACUUUGCCUGAGCUCAUCUACCUUGAUCGUGGGCUGGUUGAUGUCCCUCACGAAGAGCCCGCCAUGCGCUCGAGGGGUGCGGAUCUAAACGGCCUCUUCAAUAUCUGGUCCAAAGAUUGGAUACACCAAUCCAUGUACAAUGACAUAGAAAGUUCUCCGGCAUUUGCUUUUCUUCGGCUAUUGAACUCAUCGCCCAGUAAGGCACAUGAACUUCAUGUGUCGCCGUGGAUUAGACGAAGGUUAUUGGAGGUAGAGGCGGACAUCCAAUUGGUUGAAACCCGUGCUUGGUCCUCAUGCUCUGCCUCAAUAAUACCCUCGAUGGAGUCGCCUGUUCGAAUCAGCCCACUUGCCUCUAGCCUCGAGCGCGCAGAAGGCCUCCCUCAUCUGAAAGACAUCGCUCCUUCCUUCUGGCAGCAAUCAUGUCUCAGCCGACCUGGGCUCAAGUGGUACGCUCCCGCCGCUGUCGCACCUCCAGUCACUAUGUAUUGCGACAAUCGGACAUUCCUUGAGAUGCAAUCCCGAACUUUGGAUUCUCCCUUGGAUUCGUUGGUUAUGUAUGGUGUACCUCGCGAGGUCCAAGAUUCCGAAGAUGCGCACAAAGCGUAUCGCAAGCUUGUUCCAUUAGUUCCUCAAACAGGCUUGUUCGACAACUCAACCUCAGAUCAACUCCCACCUGUUAACAUGCAAAUUCCCGAGGCCAAGCGACUAAUUUACGACUCAGCGAAACUUGCUCGCCUUGAUUCUUUGCUACAGGAACUCAAGGCCGGCGACCAUCGAGUCUUGGUCUACUUCCAAAUGACCCGUAUGAUGGACCUUAUGGAAGAGUACUUGAUUUUCCGUCAGUACAAGUACCUGCGAUUGGAUGGAUCCUCAAAGCUGGAAGACAGACGGGACAUGGUCAUGGACUGGCAAACAAGACCCGACAUCUUCAUCUUCUUGCUUAGCACACGAGCAGGUGGUCUUGGUAUCAACCUAACAGCUGCAGAUACUGUGAUAUUUUAUGACCACGAUUGGAACCCGUCGAAUGACGCCCAAGCUAUGGAUCGUGCUCAUCGUCUGGGUCAGACGCGACAAGUCACUGUUUACAGACUCAUCACUAAGGGCACAAUCGACGAACGCAUCAUCCAGCUUGCCCGAGUCAAGAAAGAUGUGCAAGACAUCGUCGUCGGGAACAAGAACUUCACAGACGUUACGAAGCCAAGCGAGAUCGUCCAACUCCUACUAAACGACGAUCAGCUAGCCAGCCUAGAGAAUAAUCCCCCUGCGUUAUCCGUUGCAACAAAUGGCACUAAACGUGCGGACCCUGGAGCCGUCCGUGAUUUAUGGAAUGAAGAAGGUGAUGACUUUUUCGGCCAUACAACUGGCCCGACGAACCAGGAGGGUGAGGAAGAGGCAGAGGCACCAGCUAUCGCCACUACUACCAGCACGCGCGGCAAGAAACGGAAAGUGGGUUCGGGUGGUGCUCGCCCACGCAAGGCCGGCGGUAAGAAUUCGAAGAAGGAUGUGGCAGAGCAAGAAACUUGA